UGUAUUAUUUUACCAUUUUAAUCGCACUGCAUAAAUGAUUUAGUUUUCAAUUUUGGUAAUCUGAUGGAUCUUUACGAUGUUCUCGAUAAUCGGAGAUCGGUACUUAACGAUGUAGCAUUUUUGCUCAAUGUUUAUUAAUUUCAAAUGCAAAAUAAUGAAUAAGUGAAUUAGUAAUCAGACUCAGUAGUUUAUAUGUGCGCGUUGUGUUGUCAUAUUAUAAAAGCAAACUCGUUGACACAACCAACGGUAGACUUAUUUGUUUACAAUUUGUGCUUAAAUAAUAGUAGUGUACUUACCCAUUGGACCUAGAAACUUCAUUUCUUAAUUUUUCCAAAAAUGAUGACCAAUAAUCAUCAACCCUUUGCUCAGCAAUUUGAUAAAUGCAGAGAAAUAUUAUUUACGGAAACAAGAAUUGCUUUAAAUUCCACUUUUGACUGUGUUCCAGUAACAAAUCUCAAAUAUGAUCGCUAUGAAGAGCUUCUAUGGACAGGCAACGAAGAGGGUUAUUGUAACUCUUAUUAUGGUCCAGAAUUUCAAAGAUAUACUGCUUUUCGAGUGACAGAUAAAUCUGGGAUCAGACAAAUUGAAUCAUUAGAAAAUGGAAUCUUAAUCCUGACCCAAAAUAGUUUAAGAUGUCAAUUACGUAGAGGGGUACCAGUGUUCACCCAUACAUCAAACAACACCGUUGAUCUUCAAACUUUUGUGCACUAUUCUCCAACAAAUAUAUUAAUGGCUGGUCGUCAAAAUAUGAUUGAUUUUGACUUAACAACUAAAAGAGAAAGAAGUGUAUCACCUGUUAUCGACGGAGGUUGUGAACUUCUAAAGAAACACAGUAAACUUAUUUGUGCAUCAAGUGGUCAUGGCGAAAUACAUUUUUUUGAUCCCUCUACUAUGAUUCAUGUUAAUGCUGUUAAACCACAUACAACUGCAAUAAGUGAUUUUGAUAUUUGGGAAAACACAUUAGUAACAUGUGGAUUUAGCAAUGGUCGACAAGGAAUCUCUGGAGAUCAAUUUUUAAUGGUCUACGAUCUAAGGCAGAUGAAAGUUUUGCAACCAGUGCAAACUCUUUUCAUACCUAAGUUAAUUAAAUUUUUACCCAAUAAAAUGUCAAUGCCCAGAGCAGUAAUUGCUUCUUCUUUUGGAGAAAUGCAAGUGUUGGACACAGUAUUUGUAGAUUCUGUCAAUCCUACAGGACCUUUAACUCAUGUAUAUCAAGUUCAAUCAGAUGGUGCUGCAAUUACAUCUAUGGAUAUAUCAUCAACUGGAGAAUGUAUGUGUCUAGGUGAUGCAGCUGGAGCAUUACAUGUUAUGACUACAAAUUUAUCAGGAUCUCUAAUCAAUGAAUACUCAAAGCAAACAGAAUUUGCUGAUCCUUUAGAAGUACUUCCACCUAUAAGUUUCAAUGAUCAAUGCACGCCUUUGAGUAUUAUACCUAUGCCAUACUGUGAGAAUAAGCUAUUGAGUAGUUGGCCAGAAGAGUUAUCAAAAAAAAAGUUUAGGAAAACUCCCAUUAUCAAUCCUGAAAUUUUAAAGAAUAUGCAGAUGCAGGGCUCCAUUGGGUAUGCUCCAAAUCCAAAUCCACCACGCAGAAGACGUACUUAGAUUUAAACGUAAUAUUAAUUUUCCAAUCAAUUCGAAUAUAUAUUUUUGUAUUUUUCUUGUCGCGUUAUGAUUUAUCAAGUUAUAAAAAAUUUUGUAUUCUGAUUUCAAAGACUGAUUUAUAUUGUA